AAAAACAGAGAGCGCCGCACCGCCAAACGGAAACCCAAACUUUUAAUUAAUUUUAAUUAACCAAAAAAAAAAAAAAAACAGGCGGUUGCCGUUAAAAUCUCAUUCUUUAUAAAUAUACACACAGAACGUGCCUCUUCUCUCCUUCUUCUCCAAGCAAAAUCCAAUCCUCUAUAAAUAAUACAUAUACUUUAUAAUUAGGCAAUUAGGAUAAGAUUAGUGACGACGACGAACAAUUAGCGGCCACCGGAAUUGCUUUUUCUUCAUCUUUCUAUAGUUAUCUUGAAUUAAUUCACGGUUAGCUUUUGUUUUGUUUCUAAUUUUUUAAUCUUUUACUUUUGUAAAUCUUGAUUUAGCGAAAAUGAACUGAUUCGGUUCUUUUGGGUAGCGUAGGAUUUAUUCAGUUUUAUUCAAUUCCGUAUAUAUUUUUGGUUUCUUUUUAAUUUAUUGAAUUCUGGGUGCUUCUGGAAUUCGUCGAAUUCUCUUGGGUUUGGGUUUAAUUCUGGAUUCGAUUAACUUUUGUGUUCUUGAUUUUUAGGUUUUUUUUUGUUUUUAUAAAUUAUAUACAAACGAAAAUUGUAUUGUAUCUGUAAAGAUUUGCUUUCUUUCAUACCGAGUUUUCGACUUUUUCAAAUAUGGACUACUCUUCAAUUCAAGCUGUACAAAAUACUCAUGGGGUUUUCAUGAAUUUGGCAAAACAUUCAUUGGACACCUCCAAUGAACAAACCCUAAGCCAAUCCUCUGACUUAGAUGCCCUAAGUGAUCAUGAUUCAGUGAUUUCGGAUUGCGAAAGUGUUAAUUCCGAUCCCGAUCUUGAUUUCGAUAACGGGUUGGUUCGUCUUUCCAACGGAGACAAAGUGAAUGAUAUUGUUAAGCAGAAAUUUCUCUCAGGUUUGGGUUCCCUUGGGAAGCAAGCAAACGUUGUUGCUGUUUAUAGGAAUAAGUACUCUGGUGUUUUCGGUGAAGCAAAGAUGCAAUCUUUUCAGAUUUUUGCUAAAGCUAUGGAGAGAAAAAAUGGUGGCAAUGCCAAUGUUAAGUAUGCCUGGUUUGGUGCUUCUUCGAAAGCUGAGAUUUCGAGUAUUUUGAGUCACGGGUUUGGUCAGCAGAUUAGCUCUAACAAUGGUUUAUAUGGAAGUGGAAUCUAUUUGUCUCCUGAUAAUUGUCCUCUUGAGAGUGUGAGAAAUUUGAGAGUUGAUAGGAGUGGUUUACGCCAUUUGUUGCUCUGCCGUGUUAUACUAGGCAAGUCGGAGGAGGUGCGCCCUGGUUCCGAUCAGUGUCAUCCGAGUUAUGAGGAGUUUGAUUCUGGAAUUGAUACAUUGUUGUCUCCCAAAAAGUAUAUCAUAUGGAGUACCCACAUGAACACUCACAUUUUGCCUGAGUUUGUUAUUAGUUUUAAGGCUCCUUGUUGCUUGAAGGGGUUCUUUAAGAUUCGAGAAUCUCCAGGGCUGCCGACAUCACCUUGGAUGCCAUUUCCAGCUCUUAUAUCUGCACUCGCAGAGUUUUUGCCUUCUGCUACUGUUGGUCGACUUGACAAAUACCAUGUAGAUUAUAGAAACAAGAAAAUUUCAAGGCAGGAAUUAAUACAACGAGUGAGGCGAAUUGCUGGGGACAAGUUGUUGAUUUCGGUGAUUAAAUCAUUUAGAACAAAGCAGCUAGGCGGCUCUAGAAAGACCAUGGUUGAACAUGGAGCAACGGAUCGUAUGGUGAACCAUGAUGAGAAGUUAAGAGAUAUGACUAAUUGAAAUUAGUAGGUUAUUGACAGAAGGAUAGGACCAGAAGAUGGGGGACUUGUUUUGGGGUUGAAUUGGUAGUGUUAGUUUGUCUUCAAUAUUACUGAAGUACUCUUUUUUUUUCCUUUUCUUUUACUGUAUCACACAUAUUCACUGUAUUGUUUGCAAGAGCUUGCAAUGUUAAUUGUCAGCAUCUGUGAAUGGAAAUCUGAUCUUUUGAUAUAUGAAAAUGUUCUCUACAA